CCUGGACUAAGUCUCUGAAUGUGUAUCUGACACUUCCCCUUACUGAGCUGCAGAGGCUCCCAGUGACCUCUUGGUAAUCAGCCUUGGCGGGGCCCAAAUCCCCACCCCUUGGAAAACUCACGGAGCCUGACGUCUGCCUGUGAGCGGCUUUCAGGAAAGACCUCACAAGCGCCCACCCAAUCUCCCUUAGUAGCAAAUUGCCAAACCAAGCCCAUUUCCUCAAAAGAUGGUAGAGGACUUAGCAGCCUCUUAUAUUGCUCUGAAAUUAGAGAAUGAAAUUCUGCAGGCCCAAGUGCAGCGAUUGAUGGAAGAAAAUGCUGCCCUCCAGGCCCAGAUCCCAGAGUUCCAGAAAUCCCGAGCAGCCAAGGAAGAUGAACAACUCCAAAAGCCCUCCGAUGCACAGGAGUCCCAGAAGUCCCCAGAGCUCUUGGGUUGCCCCGCAGCCUGGGAGCCCCAAGAGUCCCCAGAGAUCAAGGAGCCCACAAAGCCCCUGGGUCCCCCCACAGCCAGGGAGCCCCAGAAGCCCCCACAGACCAAGGAGCCCCAGGAGCCCACAAAGCUCCUGGGUUCCCCCGCAGCCUGGGAGCACCAAGAGUCCCCAGAGAUCAAGGAGCCCCAGGAGCCCCCCGAGUUCCUGGAUGCCACAGCAGCCCGGGAGCCCCAAGAGCCCUCAGAGAUCCAGGAGCCCACAGAACCCCAGCAACUCUCAGCCUGGGAGCCUGCAGCAUCCCAGGAGCCCCAGGAGGCCCAGAAGCCCCUGGAAUCUGCAGCAGCCCCAGAGUCUCUGGAGCCCCCAGCAACCUGGGACCUCCAGACACCUCCAAUAUCCCAUGAGCUCACCACAGCCUGGGAGACCCAAGAGCCCCCAGAUACCCAGGAUACCCCAGAGGCCCAGGAGCCCCAGAAUUCAGAGUCCCAGGAGUCCCCCAAUACUGAGGAAUCCCAGGAGGCCUCAGAAUGCCAGGAGACCUCGGCACAUCUGGAGACCCUUGAGCUUCCCUCUCCCCAGGAGACUCUGGAACCUCGAGUGCCCCAAAAGCUCCUGGAUCCCUCAGAAUCCCAGGAGUUCCUAGAAUUCUCAGCAACUCCCCAAUCCCUGGAGGGCCUAAUAAAUAUGGAGACAGCAGCAGAUCCAGGUUUCCCACAAGCCCUCAGUGGGUUAGAGGUUGCAGCUGUUCCACUAGAGUACCCUUUAGCCUUCAGUGGGGAUGCCCAGAAGCUUCCUGAGUUUCUGAUUCAACUGAGUAGUUACAUGAGAGUCAGAGGGCACCUGUAUCCCACUGAAGCAGCUCUAGUGAGCUUUGUGGGCAACCGCUUCUCAGGUGAGGCAGGAAGAUGGUUCCAGCCCUUACUAGAUAUCCAAAGCCCUCUGCUGGAGCAAUUUGAAAGUUUCAUACAAGUGCUGCAGGAUACUUUUGAUGAUCCAGAAAACAUAGAAGAUGCCAACCACUGCAUCCGUCAGCUCUGCCAAGGGGAGGACCCUGUCUACCGGUAUGCAACCCACUUCCACCUCAUUGCUCAAGAGUUGAGCUGGGAUGAAAGCACUCUCUGCAUCCAAUUUCAUGAAGGUCUUCCCAGUUCUAUUCGAGAUGAGCUGUCCCGCAGAAAUUCAGCCACCAGCCUGUCUGAUCUGAUCACUCGGUGCAUCAGCCUAGAAGAGAAGCUAAGUGGUAAGCCUGAUCUCAAUCCAUCAGGGCAAAGCUCCUCUGAAGAUAGAGAGAGCCCUGAGCAUCCACCAUCUGCAAAUCAGCCUGCACAAGCUGCAAGCAACCGCCCACACCUCAGUGAAGCUGAACGGGCCCGUCGCCGCGAAGGCCACUUGUGUCUCUACUGCGGUCAUCCUGGUCAUUUUGCCAGAGAUUGUCCUGUCAAGCCUCAUCGUGCCCAGCAGGCGGGAAACAUCGAGGCCCGGCGGUAA